AUAUAAAGAGGCCGAUGCCGUUCGACACAGCAUCACAAACUCCAGACCUCAGAGAGAUUCUGAAACCUUCACAGGCAUCUGCACAGACACAGAGAUGCGUGUCCCUUUCCUCUUUAUUCUGGGCAUCUGCCUGGUGCCCACUCACUCUAAGCCUUCAGGUGAAUUUCCUGGCAGCCCUUACCUUAAGCACUGCUUUGAGGAGGCCAAGAAAAUAGUUGAUGAUGCGUACAAAUACUCCAGACAAGAGAGUCUGAGGCGAGUCCGUAAAGAGGUGGUGAGUCCUCGCGACGCCCUUCGUCUCCUGAAGCAGCCUCGUGGCGACACCCGCCAAGCUGUGAGAUCUGCGGACUACAUGGCACAAACCCUCCGUCUGCUGCACGACAGGGUGCAUCGUGUGCACAAACGCUCGCUCAACGCAACAGAUUUGCUCACUGAAGAAGACCUGAGAACACUUGAAAGUAUAAGUGGAUGUGCAGCUCGAGUCCGUCGUCCUGAUUGCCGCACCACUCAGAACCUGAACAAGUACCGCACAGUGACCAGCGUCUGCAACAACCUACAAAACCCUCGCCUAGGAGCCUCCAACACCCCCUUCACCCGCUGGCUGGGUCCUGAGUAUGACGACGGCAUCUCUGAACCGAAAGGAUGGGACCAAAACCGAACGUUCAACAACUUCCUGCUCCCACUGGUGCGUCAGGUGUCCAACAACAUCCUCAGCACGACGGAUGCAGGCGUGGUCAACGACACCGAGUUCACCCACAUGGUGACCCUGUUCGGGCAGUGGAACGACCACGACCUCACCUUCACUCCCUUCUCGCCCAGCAUCAGAUCCUUCAGCAACGGUGUGAACUGUAUGGAGAGCUGCGAACGCACCGAGCCGUGCAUCCCCAUCCCGAUUCCCCCUCGUGACCCUCGCCUGUCCAACGAGGAAUGCAUCCCAUCCUUCAGAUCCGCCCCUGCUUGUGGAACCGGAUUCUCGGCCUACAAUUUCGGCGGCGAGCCCAACAAGAGGGAGCAGGUCAACGCUCUGACGGCCUUCCUGGACCUCAGCCAGGUGUACGGCUCUGAGGACAAGCUGGCCCUGUUCCUUCGCAACCUGACCGACGAUGGCGGCCUGCUGCGCGUCAACACAGAGUUCAGAGACAACGGCUUCGAGCUGCUGCCCUUCAGCCCCAUGAAGUCAGAAAUGUGUGCUACUCGCGCGAGGGUCACCAACGACACCAACGCCAGGGAGGUUCCUUGCUUCAUUGCAGGUGACGGUCGCGUGGACGAGAACAUCGCUCUGACGUCUCUUCACACGCUGUUCAUGCGUGAACACAACCGUCUGGCUCGUGAGCUGAAGAGGCUGAACCCACACUGGGACAGUGAGACGCUCUACCAAGAGGCCCGAAAGAUCAUGGGUGCUUACACACAGGUGUUUGUGUUCAGAGACUACCUGCCUCACAUUGUGGGUGAUGUUGCGAUGCGCACAGUGCUCGGCCGUUACCCCGGCUACAACCCUAACGUGGACCCCAGCAUCGCCAACGUCUUUGCAACAGCAGCCUACCGCUUCGCCCACUUGGCCAUUCAGCCAGUCUUAGGCCGUCUGGAUGCAAACUACAGGGAGAGCCCUCAGUUCCCCAGCGUCCCCCUGUUCAAGGCCUUCUUUACUCCCUGGAGAAUUGUCUUUGAGGGUGGAAUUGACCCUCUGCUGCGUGGUCUGGUCGGCCGUCCUGCUAAGCUCAACACCCAGGAUCACAUGAUGGUGGACGCUCUGAGAGAGAGGCUGUUCCAGUUCGUGGAGCAUCUGGCCUUGGAUCUGGCCGCUCUCAACAUGCAGAGAGGACGAGACCACGGCAUUCCUGGCUACAACGCCUGGCGUAAGUUCUGUAACCUGAGUCAGCCCAGAAACGAGGCCCAGCUGGGCCAGGUUCUGGGCAACAGGGACCUGGCUCGCAGGCUGCUGCAGCUCUACGGGACUCCCGACAACAUCGAUAUCUGGCUGGGAGGUGUGGCCGAGCCGUUUGUCCAGGGCGGCCGGGUGGGGCCGCUGUUCUCCUGCCUCAUCGCAACCCAGUUCCAGAAGAUCCGUCAGGGUGACAGGCUGUGGUACCAGAACCCGGGCGUCUUCACCCCGAGGCAGCGAUCCGUUCUGUCCUCCGCCAGGUUGUCCAGGAUCAUCUGCGAUAACACCGGCAUCAACUCCGUCCCCAUCGACGCCUUCAGUGUCGUCUCAAACAGGAACCGCCUCGUCCGGUGCUCAUCACUCCCUCGCCUGGACCUGUCGGCCUGGAGGGAGAGGCCCUGCUUUGGAUAUGGAUCAGGAGGACUCUCUGAGUUCCCAGGAGAACCAGAUUCCGGAGCUGGACCCAUUGGACUACCAGGGCCCCGAGGGCCCCGAGGACCCCGAGGACCAAGAGGACAACGAGGUCGUCGAGGUCGUGUAGGACCCCGUGGCCUCAGAGGCCCUCCUGGACCAGCACUCAACAUCGGUGCCAUUCAGACCCAGUCCGCUUUCAUGGUCCGCCUGGGCGACAGCAACACAUCUUCAGAGCGAAUCAUUCAUUUCCGUCAGGUCGUCUACAACGAACAGAACCACUACAGCUCGCAGACAGGCCGGUUCACGUGCGUCAUCCCUGGUGUGUAUCAGUUCAGCUUCCUCUGCUCGUCCCCCGCCGCUGCAACAAACGUUGAGCUGAAGCAGAACGACCGGCUGGUGCAGCGCAGCGUCAACAUCUACCGGGGAGGGCACCACCUGUCAACAGGAGACGCUGUUCUCUGGCUGAAAACAGGAGACCAGAUGUGGCUGGAAGCUGCCAAUGGGACCAUGGGUCUGAGCCCCAAAAGCUUCUUCUCAGGACACCUGGUCUUCGCUGUGAACACAAACACUUCCUCUCCUGCCUGAACUGCCACUUUCCUGAACACCAGUAGUUUGUCUGCUUUACGAUCUGUCUUCAUUCCUCUGCUUCUGCACUGAACUUCACCAUACUGUAAUUUCAUUUGUGUUUUUCUUUUGAAACCAGACAAGGGCACAUCAUGCACAGUACACAUGUUUUAUAUUUUAAUGACAGGUGAACAAAUCAUAGCCUAAUGAGCAUUGAUUGUGAUUGCAGCCAAUUUGUUGAACUCUGUUACAGCAUGCAGUCUGUUGAAGUGAACAUUUUGUUGAUGGGAUUCACCAGUAUUAUUAUGAAACGUUUAUGCACUGAUGAAAUGUAAACGUGCCUUGAAAAUGUUGUGUUGUGCUUUGUCUGCAAAGCUUGUUUUACUGCGACUUUCUUGUGUUUUAUUUUGCAUUCAAUAAAAUAACUGAGCUGCAAUGAA